AUGGCCGUCACUUCGCAUUGGAAAUCGAAUGAGAUGCUCAACUGGUCUGUGGUUACCCAGGGAAACGCCACUGCGCUUGGUGAUAUGGAGAUGCCUGGGAACCCGCGUUCGAAUUAUGGACAAUUCUCUCCGUCUACCUCCGUGUUCUUGGCCGUGCUUAUGACGCUUCUUGUCUUCGCCACUGUGCUAGGCAACGCGCUUGUAAUAUUAGCCUUUGCGGUGGAGAAAAGUUUGCGAACUCAAGGGAACUUUUUCUUUUUGAAUUUGGCCAUAGCCGAUUUACUCGUUGGAGGCUUUUGCAUUCCUGCGUAUAUCCCCUAUGUCAUUACCGGUGAGUGGAGACUCGGACGAGGUCUUUGCAAGAUAUGGCUGGUGGUGGACUAUACUUUAUGCACUGCAUCAGUGUUCAACAUCGUCCUGAUCAGCUUCGACAGAUUUAUAUCUGUCACACGAGCGGUGAGCUACAGGUGUCAGAAAGGUGUGACCCGGGAGGCUGUUCUGAAGAUGAUGAGUGUGUGGCUGGCUGCUUUCCUACUCUAUGGGCCAGCGAUCAUUAUCUGGGAGUACAUCGCUGGUAGUAGCGUGGUCCCCGACAAAGAGUGCCACGCUGAGUUUUACUUCAACUGGUAUUUCUUGAUGACAGCAUCCACUGUUGAGUUUUUCACCCCCUUUGUUACUGUCAUGUACUUCAACAUCAGCAUCUACAUCAACAUCAGGAGGCGGAACCAGGUGAGGGAUGAGCAGCCUGUCGAGGGGCCUGGAGACUGUGAGAUGGAGGCCCUCAAAGCUGGAGUUCAGCAUGUAUUCUUCGUCAGACCAGUGGAAGGUGAAGCCCAAAGGAUACCAGACAAUGCUGCCAGGUUAGGAGGUAUUCUAUCUACUGCUAAAGUGUCAGCAGGAACUGGGAACAGCAACCAUGAGACAAGUAAGGACAGCACGAUUCUGGACCUUCCUCCACUGCAAGUGGGCGAUGUGGUCCAGCAUUCCAGGAGGACGCGGUUCCAGUCAGCGGAGCACUCGUUCAGUAAACAGCGCAGCCAAUCGGAAGUAGCUGCCAGUCGUUUUCGUCUCUCAAAGGACAAGAAGGUUGCCAAGUCCCUGGCAGUGAUUGUGUGUGUAUUUGGCCUGUGCUGGGCUCCCUACACACUGUUAAUGAUCAUCCGUGCAGCGUGCCAUGCCCAAUGUGUCCAGCACUACCUGUAUGAAAUCUCUUUCUGGCUACUGUGGGUCAACUCCUCCAUCAACCCUGUCCUUUACCCGCUGUGUCACACCAGCUUCAGAAAGGCUUUCAGAAAACUGCUUUGUACCACCAAGAUUAAAAUUCAGCCACAGUAUAUGGAACAAAUGUAUUAG